AAGGGAGCCAUCGAUCUGCGUGGCUCUCGAGUCCUAGGGAUGUUAAUAGAGCGCUGAUGGUUGAUUCAAGAUGGCGGACUUGAAAGCAAAACAAAUACAGAACAGUGUCAAGAUUGCACCCGGAGCUGUUGUUUGUGUGGAAAGCGAAAUCAGAGGAGAUGUAACCAUUGGACCAAGAACAGUGGUUCACCCUAAAGCACGCAUAUUAGCAGAAGCAGGGCCGAUAGUUAUUGGAGAAGGAAAUCUCAUUGAAGAGCAAGCCCUCCUUAUAAACUGCUUUCCUGAAAAUAUCAUACCUGACAAAGAUGUGGAACCAAAGACGAUGACAAUUGGAAUAAACAAUGUUUUUGAAGUUGGAUGCAUAUCACAGGCUAUGAAAAUUGGAGAUAACAAUGUAGUUGAGUCCAAAGCCGAAGUAGGAAGGAAUGUAAUUCUGACAAGUGGUUGCAUCAUUGGAGCCUGCUGCCAGGUUAAUACAUGUGAAGUCAUCCCAGAGAAUACUGUAAUCUACGGUUCAGGGUGCAUGCGCAGAGUGCAGACAGAAAGGCCACAGCCCCAGACUCUUCAGUUAGAUUUCCUCAUGAAGAUUCUUCCCAAUUACCACCACCUGAAGAAGACUUUAAAAGGAAACUCAACUCCUGCAAAAAAUUAAAGUGACCAAAUAUUUUCAAAAAUAAUGUGGUCUGUGCACAGAAGACAAAUAUAAUGUGGUCUACUGUACAGAAGACAAAAUUGCACAGCAAUGAAGUAGCGGUUUCACUAGAUGUACUUUGUGUUUAAAUGAAAGCUUUAUGAUUUGCUGUUUUAAAUCAACUUUUUUUUAAGUGACUAUGUUUAUUUGAACUUCAUCAGAUUGGUUGCCAGGGUACAAUGUUAUUUAUACCUAUUAUGGUAUAUAGACAAAGCUGUGUCUUUUCUGCCCCUUCAUGAGCCAUUCCAACACUACAUCAUAACUUUAAAAUGAUAAGUUAUAAAAAUUUGUCAAUCUAUUUGUUCCAGUAUUGCUAAUAUACUGGCAUCAACUGAUUAAACGUAGUUACAGAGUUCUUAUCAAGUAGUUUAAUGGUCACUCAUACCAAUGAAUCAUUGCCAGACUGUCUGCCCGGUAUUCGUUUAAAAACCUUACCACAGUACGCUGAGUAAACUUUCACAAUCUUUUUUUAGCUUGAUAGAAAAUGAGAUAGUUCAAGAAUAGAAAUGCAGUAGGAUCUUAAGAUUCUAAGUGGGCCAAACUUACUGUUAAAAAACAACAACACUCAUAGUGACCAUCUUUUAGUACCGACCAGUUAAAUCUUCCUCAGAGCCAGCAACAGACCGCUUUUUACAUGCAAAACAUUGAUCAGCUUUACUGGUAUUUCAUUGUGUAAUUAUUGCUUGCUUAAUAUUCUUAAACCCCCACAAUAUGAGUAAAGCUUUUAGGAUGCAACCCAUAUUUGACAUUAAAGCAUAUAUCAAAUGGAAAAAUCCCUACUAUUGGUUCCUGGCCUGACUGUAGAACUGCCCUGCCUUGCUAUUAGGUCUGUUUGUGAUGAGCACUGUGCUGAUUAAACUUAGCUACAUCCCUUCAGAACUCAAUCUUUGUAUUCUGCAGUAUACUUAAUGGGGAUCUAAGGAGGAUAUAAUUUAAAUAUAAGCUCAAAAUGGAAAGGGAGGGGCUCCUGAGUGGCACAUCCAGUAAAGGCACUUCGCGUGAAGUGCAGGAAUGCGCCCCAUAUGGAGGUCACCGGUUCGGGUCCAGGCUAUUCUACUGCCGGCCCGGGAGAGCUUAGGUCGACAAGGAUGUUCUCUGCUCACAGUGCACCAGCAAACCCUUUAGACUGGCUGGGUGCCAGCGGGCCUACCUGCAAGCAGCCCAGAACUGCAUGCUCUUCCAACGCUGUAGCUCUGAGGUAGCUGCAUGUUGGGCCUGCAGUGAAAAGAAGCGGGUGGCUGACAACACACGUUUCAGAGGACGUGUGUGUUGUCUUCGUCUCUUCCAAGUCAGUAUGGGGUAAAAUGGGGUAAAAAAACAACUGCAGAUUUCAAAUUAAAAAAAAAAUAAACAGAAAGGGACCAAUAGCGCUAACCAUUUUAGAUUAAAUCAUAUCUAAACUUUGCAAGGGGACAAACAAUACUGUUAAAAUAAAUAUAACCCUGAUUGAAACAA